AUGGUGCAAGACGAAAAUGGAGACGCCUGGAACGACUGGACUCUGGACAUGAGCGCGGGCUUCCACCUCAUCAAUAUUGAGCAAUUGUUGCUGCAAGUAAAGGAGUGGAGAGAUGAGGUGGCACUUUCCGAAAACGAGAAGCUCGUGCUGACGAAGGUCGGCAACGUACGGCUCUUUCUGACCGCCAACGAUAAGGCGAGCACUGCGCUACUCUCGAACGUGUACUUUGCGCCGAUUCUUGCGCGCACUAUUGUGAGCUGCUCUUAA